AUGGCUGUAUUUCAUGAUGAGGUAGAGAUAGAAGACUUCACAUAUGAUGAAGAAAAAGAGCUCUACCAUUAUCCUUGCCCGUGUGGAGAUCGAUUUGAAAUAACCAAGGAAAUGCUAGAAAUGGGAGAAGAUGUUGCCACAUGUCCGAGCUGCUCCCUGAUUGUCCGCGUAAUUUACGAUCCAGAUAUGUUUGUCAACAUGGAGACAUCAACAGUACCCCCACAGCAGACAGUUGCCGCCAACAACUAA